GGAAAAUACACUAUAGGGAUUAGUUCACUACUCCGGAGCACCCUCCAGGCACCCCUUCAGCCCCAGGCAGCCACAGCCCCAGGUAGCAAGGCAGCCAGGCGGCCAGGCAGAAUGACUCACCGCCUAGGCACCUUCAGUGGGGGCAAACCCCAAUCCGGAACUGCAUCAUUAUUACUACCAGGCAAUGACCAAGAGUGAGCACUAAGUCACUUCCAUCCUCGAACUGUUAGUAACAAGGCUGAGCCUCACGCUAAAGUUCUCGUCACUGACUACAUCUUCACUUCUCUUUGUCUCUUCUCUCUCAUUCACUACAUUCUUUCACUCCUCUUUGAUCCUUCCAGUGCGAUCGUGAACGUUAAAUACAGAUUCUCAUCAUGGCUGCCAACCAAACCCUGACGUUCCAAAGCUCCGACGGCGUCGAUAUCAGCGUCGAUCGCGAUGUCGCUGAGCGUUCUUUGCUGAUCAAGAACAUGCUGGAGGAUCUGGGUGAUGCGCACGAGGCCAUCCCCAUUCCCAACGUCAACGAAGCCGUCUUGAAAAAGGUCAUUGAGUGGUGCUCCUACCAUAAGAACGACCCCCCCAGCACUGGCGACGACGAUGACUCGCGUCGCAAGACGACCGAUAUCGACGAGUGGGACCAGAAGUUCAUGCAGGUUGACCAGGAAAUGCUGUUCGAGAUCAUCCUGGCUGCGAACUACCUCGAUAUCAAGGGUCUCCUGGAUGUUGGCUGCAAGACCGUGGCUAACAUGAUCAAGGGCAAGUCCCCCGAGGAGAUCCGCAAGACCUUCAACAUCCAGAACGACUUCACCCCCGAGGAGGAGGACCAGAUCCGUCGUGAGAACGAGUGGGCUGAGGACCGCUAAAGAUGUCGCCUCCUCGAUGUCACUACACCCUACUCCGACCGGCAGCUUGCAAUUCAGCGAUUCCUGGCCGAUAGGAAAUGGGCCGAUCUUCACGGUGUCUCUACUUCUGUUCCAUCUGGUUCCACGUCUGUUUCGAUUCAUGGCGUUCAGGGUUGAUUAGGUCUCAGCGACUUUGCGCGCUUUCGUCGCACUGCUGUCUCGGUUCCUUCGAGUUUCUUAGUUCCUUCGAGUCUGGGGUUGGUAUGGCUGGUUGGACGGGGAUGGUUUCAAUGAACUUUGAUUCCAUGCCAUCUUUCAACCCCGUGUCGGCUGUUGUCCGCUUAGCUUUACAUGAGAAAAACGAUGAAAUUUUAUUUGGUCCAAUUGUC